CACCGUGGCGUCGUGACGCUGAGACGACGAUCCUCGAUAUCGCUAUUUGACAGCCUUGUCAACACGCGGUUUUACGAGCGCAUAAUAAAAAAUUCAUUUUGUCACAAUAAAUUGCAUUAAAAAAAAAAAAUAAAACACAAAAUAAAACAUGGACUAUCGAUGAAUGUUACGAAUAAAAAUUCUUAAACAAACUGACUUUAACAGAAAAAUUUUCGUCGGAAUCGAUUGAAGAAAAAAAUCGAUCGUUUCUCAUUCGUUAUUUGCUGAGGUGUUCGUUGACAUCCUGCAAUUAUUUUUUCACUCAAAAUUUUGUUAUCAACGUUAUAAAUAAUUGACUGAAAGUGUUUGAAAAAGUUUGUUCGUUCUUAACAAUUAGUAACUCCUUUAUUUAUUUCGUGAGCAAAUCUUUAUCGUUGGCAAUCGAAUGAUUUUGCGGGCACGUUGGUGACGAUGAGUUUGAAAAAUAUCUCGAUGGGAAAAAAACUUUGGAGUUUGUAGAAUCGAUCGUGUGUGUGUGUGUGUGUGUUCGUCUGUGUGUACGUUCGUCGCGAUAUUGGUAGCGGCGAGGAAAGGUGAACGAUGACGGUGGGUCUGAAGAGUGAGGAGAGCACGAAGAGGCCACGUGCGGAAUCGUGUGAACAUUAAUUAGAAAAUAAAAGGAAAAAUAGAGGAAAAAACAUUCGAAAAGAAAAGAGAUAAAAAGGCUUAGGAAACGCUGAACGCGUUCGAUAUUUGCAUUCGAUGGCCGGCAAGCGGCGAACGAGUUCAAUGACUCAACGCUGACUGUACGAUCGUUGGCCAUUUUUCAAAAGCCAUACGAUAAAAGAGGAUACAAGAAAGUGGGACUUGACUUCCAAUUCUCGAAUUUUUCGUCGCAGGAAGAAUUGCCCGAUUGUGAAAAUGGGAAACUCCGGAACACCCAGAGCUUCGGCUCCCCUCCGACUGGCCCUUCCUCUUCUUCUUCUCUUCGCAGCAUUUGCAUCAGCUUUGUACUUCCCGCAAUCGAACUUGACCCUUCGCUUGCCCUACUUGGCUGGAGACGAGGGCAAAUCCGACCUGGAACUGGUACUACUCAGCUUGAGAACUCUCAGAAACGAUUCGAGUGCUCCCAAAGAACCAAAAUAUAAUAUCGCGUCGCCCAGGGAAAGUUUCGCCUCCCUCGAUUCGAGGACCGGCGGCGACAUUGUGCUGCAUUCGAUGCCCAAGAAAGGGGCGACGAAAACCCUGAUUGUCGAAGCCAGAGAACGCGGCAGCGAUGAAGCAAUACUCGGAAUUACCGUUGAACCAAUCGUCGCCAAGAGCAACAGGAUUAAUUGCACGGAGUACGUACAGGAUGUAUGCUUCUGGCACGUGGCACGUUACAAAAUCUAUGAAAACCAGCCAGCCACGAUGCUCGGAAAAAUCGGACCUUCGAUAUAUCGACAGCUUUGUCCAGAACUUCACAUCGUCAGAUACGAGCUGCUGAAUGGCACGAAUUACGUUCACAUACUGGACGAUGAACUUUACUCUAACGCGUCACUGGAUCGCGACACUUCCAAGUUUCCUGGAGGUCCAGGACCUCGCAUCACUGUCGCAGUUCGCUGCGUCGUUUGGGAUGGAAAUACCGGCAUUCAACACGUCAGAGACUCCAAUAUCAACGUCAAUGUUCUCGACGAAGAUGACAAUCCACCGAUCGCUCAGAUCAACAAAACGAUACAAAUUUUGCUGAGUGAUUUUUCUGCGGGGCACCGACUCGACAGCAACGAACUGGUGUUCAAGGACGCCGAUUCCAUCACGAGCAAUCGUUACGUGGCGAGAAUUUUGGGUGACACUGAAAAUGCUUUGAACAUAACUUACGACACGAUGUCGGUGGAGCAUUACGCAAGACCGGAGCCGCCAUCGACAGCGAUUUAUGCGAGAAUUUUCGCGAGAACGACGUUAUUGCCGAAGUCUCCGUACAAAGUCAUCCUGCAAGUGACGGACGAGAGUCUCCUCCCCGGUUACGGAAAAAAAUCGGUCAACAUUUCAAUAUCAUUCGUCGGUCCCCAACACCACGCUUCGCCAACGACAGUUUCCCCGCCGACGAAAAGGCCGAUAUCAUUUCCAGGGAGCGUCACGAUCGCGAGAUCAUCGACGAUUUAUUCGCGCCUCGUUCAGCCGCUUUUCAAGCCGAAUCAAGCUGCGGUAUUCACGAUACAGGAUUCGAAAAUAUUCAACGUCACUCGUAAAAACGGAAUAGUCUACGUGGCGAAUUCCACGCUCUUGCAAUCGGCUCCGACUGCAAUAUCCUUGACGAUCCAGUGGCGGAUUUCCGAGCACAAACAAUCCUCCGCGACUUUGAUCGUCAAUCUCGUCGACGCUGUCAUCGCCAAGGGGAGCUCGUGCAAUCGGACGAGCGUCGCUCACUCCUGUGCCAACUUUGCAUCACAAAAGGAGUGCGAAUCUCAUUGCGGCAUCGGCAGCGGCUCUCUGCACGAAAAUACGUUGACGAGCGAGUGCGUUUGGCGUUCGAACAACAUGGUGGGAAUGACGGAACGGUACCAAACGUGUUCGCCGAACCUGACCCACUGUCCUGACAACGUUUGCGACGACCUCGAGCGCUUGGAUUCUCGGAUAUGCCCACAGGACUGUGCCACGGAAUCGGAAGUACACUUCGCUAUUCUGAAUAAAGAUGGUCGGGGGAUAUCGAGCGCAUCUGGCAUAUGCAAGUGCGAUGACGAGAUGCAGUGCACCUGCGGCCUCUUCCACGGAAACAGCGUCGAUGGGAACUCAAACGGCGGAAACAAAUCGAAGAGGGAACGGAAGAAGGAGGCGGUCGUCUCGGAUGCUCGCAAAGCUUCGGACGGUGGUUGCGGUCCGACCUGCAUGAUCGGAGCCGUCGGUGCGAGCUUUUUCGUCCUCAUCGUCUUCGUCAGCGCCUUCGUUAUGUGGAGAUACCGGGGCACGAAAAAGAGUUUGCGACGCGAGUGCAAGCACAGAGGGGUCGACGGAGCCAACGGACUAGGAAUAUUACCAUCCGAUUACCUCGAUCGUGGCGACGGUCACUUGAUCGGUUUGGAUUCCUUCAGCGGUUUGAAUCGAAGUCUUCUCUUGCCCAAAGCAUCACCGCCCGAUCCAAAGUGGGAGUUCCCGCGUUCUCGAUUAACCAUCGAACAAGUAUUGGGCGAGGGGGAAUUCGGACGAGUUCUGAGAGCCAAAGCAGUCGAUAUUGGAGGUUGGCCAGGGCCUACAACAGUUGCAGUUAAAACUCUCAAAGAAGAUGCGAGUGCAUCCGAACUCGCUGAUCUCCUCUCCGAAUAUCAGUUGCUUAAGGAGGCUCAACAUCCCAACGUCAUCAGACUCCUCGGCGCUUGCACCUCGCCCGGGGGUCCGGUUUACCUGAUCAUCGAAUUCGCUGAAUUCGGCUCCUUAAGGAACUAUUUGCGACGAAGUCGUCACUUGGAAUCGGAGGGACGAGCACCUUGUUCGACCUCGUUAUUAUCAGCAUCUCCAGGAAACGCCCGCGAGGAAUUGCAGACGAAUGACACGACGUCAAACUACGCGAUAACGCCACGUGACAUUUUGUCUUUCGCUUGGCAAAUAAGCAAGGGAAUGGCCUAUUUGACGGACAUUAAGUUGGUGCAUCGCGAUCUAGCAGCACGAAACGUUCUUCUGGCGACUGGAAAAGUUUGCAAAAUAUCUGAUUUUGGACUGACGCGCGACGUUUAUGAAGACGAUGCUUACUUAAAGCGUAGCAAAGGCCGAGUGCCUGUCAAGUGGAUGGCACCAGAGUCCCUGGCAGACCACGUUUACACGAGUAAAUCGGACGUUUGGAGUUUCGGUGUCCUGCUAUGGGAAUUAGUGACAUUGGGAGCAUCCCCUUAUCCCGGUGUCGAUGUGCAUAAUCUUUAUAACUUACUGAAGGCCGGUUAUCGAAUGGAGAGGCCAGCAAACUGCUCCACCCAACUAUACAAAUUGAUGGUUUCGUGUUGGCACGACGAGCCUGGCAUGAGGCCAUCGUUCAAGGAGCUCACCUGUCAUUGGGAACGAAUGCUCGAAGAUGGGGUCGAGUAUCUCGACCUGAAUCCUCGCACUGUCCACAAUCAGGCGUAUUUCGCAUCACUUCAUGCGCUGGACAGUCCUACGAGUUCCAGUGUCGAGGGUAUGACGAAUGGAAACUUGAGUAUAAUAAGGACCGAGGCAUUCAACUACAUGAGCAAACCAUCGGAGGAGCCGAUUAAAAAGUGUGACAAAGUUGACAAGCUGCAGGCACUUUGGCACGAGCCGAUAGCAUCGUUUCCUGAAGAAUCAGGAAAAUGCGCUCCGGCAUCGUACGAGAACGAUCGUACGGUGAAUAUCAACGCGAAUCACUACGAGAGUCCGAUUAAAUUGCGGAACUUGAGUGUCGCGAGUAACAGCGAGAACGAUCUCAAGACGCCGAGCAACGAGAGGCCGCAGUCCUACAUUGACAUGGCUGGUAAAAGGGGGCAAAAUGGUCACGACGAUUUGUUGAUGUUCAAUAACAUCGAUCGAAUCGAUAAAGACGAUCGAGCGAACAGUCAAACCAAGCAGUGAGCUUAUUGCCACAUCGAUCUCGUUGACUCGAUCGAAGAAUGAGAAAAUACUAGCCUGGAAUGGCGAAAUCUUCGUGGAGAAACCGUCGAAACGUCUCCGAAGAAAAGGUGAGAAAAAAGAAAGAAUUAUUUUUGCAAAUAUCGAACAAAUUUCCGGAGGAUCUCUCGUGGUUAAUUCCCCUCGGAAAAAUGCAGAAAAAUCGGAUACUUUUUCGAAAAUAUUCAAUAAAAUCUGCUCCGAUCACAAUAAAAUGAAAUGUGCUCGAAAACAAACCUUAAAAAAGCACUUCCGAUGUCCCGGAAGUGGCGAAAUCGAAGUUAUUCGAGAAUUGAAAAAAAAUCAUGUCAGAACUCAAAGAUUUUGAGGAAUUCGAAGGAGUGGAGCGAACCGAGUAAUCGAAAGUCAAGUCGACAGGAGGAAAUAGAGAGAGAGAGAGAGAGAGAGAACACAUUACCUGAUCGUAGGAUAAGUAACUUUUAUUUAACUCGAGAUCUAUGAAAAUUGAGACUAGUCUUUCUAACCGAAGUUACGAGUUAUAAGUUGAACGAGGCGAAUCAAAAUCCCAAAUAAAAUGAAGAUAAAUGAUAAGUCGACGAAGAAAUAGUGGAAUAAUCGAAAAAAAAUCGAAUGGGAGAAGCGAUCUCAAGGAAUCUUGAUUAUUCAAUUCACGAAGCAUUUGAAGGACCAAGCGAAGAGGCUCGAUGGAAAUUCACCAAAAAGUGUGCAAAGUCCAAACGAAUGAAUCGAGAUUCGUACCAAAAUCAAGAUAAAAACAAAUAACCUCUGACCUAUUUUUAUCGUAUUUAAUACCGUUACGUAAACUAAUUGAAAUUCAUGAAAAUAAUGGAAAUAAUAUCGAUUCAAUUAAAAACGAAUCAUAAUAAUAAUGAUGAUAAUAAUGGAGGUAGAAUUGGUGAAAUAUUGCGAAUGAUUGACCGACGCGAAUCUUGCAUCUACGUAGAUAGUCUCUAGAUCUAUAUUAACACACAUAUUUAUAUAAUUCUCGUUGAAUUUUGUAUUUUAUGAAAGAAGAAACAAGCAAAUCCCAUUUUGUUCAUUCAGCGAGUUCGUGACUCGCCGGUUUAUGCUUCCUAUUAAUUGUAUUUCGUUGAGCUCGUACAGUUUGAAAAAAAAAAGUGAAAAAAGUCGUCUCCGUCGUCUAGAGAACACUCAGAAUACGAUUGACGUUUCAUUCAAAAGCUUUUUUUCCUGAUUUUUUCCUGAAUAAACCAAUAUCGAAAGCGAAAGACUGCGUUUCCCGUACCUUAAUGACAGACUAAUAAAAAUAACGUCAUUAUUUUGUACUUCUAACGUUUAGAAUUAAUAAUGACGAAAGAAAGAAUAUAAACAUUCCACUAUAAAUACUAUUUAUUAUACGAUAGAAUAUUCUCGUGUAAAAAUAUAGAAAUAUAUAUGUAAAUGUAAAUUACAUAGCAAGUAUGUCGUCAGACAAUUGUAAUCGUGAUGUAAUUUUUAUGAAAAUGUAAUGCAAACUCUGACGAAGUUGUAAUGCACCUUGGGCGAUAAAGCAUCCUGUGCACAAUUCAGCUUUUUCAAAAUUUUUCGAAUAUGACGUGACGAAUAAAGUGCUAACUUUCCAAAGGUGAAA